AUGUCAACUCAAUUAUAUAAGAAACAGGAUUCGCAAUUUGCGUCGGGAGAAAUCCCAGACAAAAUGGCAGUAUUCCAAGAUUGUUUACAGCAGUUCAAUGCUUCUCCCGUGAAUGCCAAAAGAUGCCGUCAGUUAUUAGGCAAAUUAUUGAGAUUAAUAUAUCAUGGUGAGACAUUUCCCUCUCAGGAGUCUACCACAUUAUUUUUCUCUAUAUCUAAACUUUUUCAGCACCGAGAUGUUUCAUUGAGGCAAAUAGUCUACUUGACAAUCAAAGAGUUGUCAUCAACGUCUCAGGAUAUAUUGAUGGUAACAUCAUCGAUCAUGAAGGAUAUACAAAGUGGGGAUUUGGUUUAUAAACCUAACGCCAUCAGAACUUUGUCAAAAGUGUUGGAUCCUUCAACCGUGUCGGCACUGGAAAGAUUAUUUAAAAACGCUAUUGUUGAUAGGAAUCCUACAGUAUCUUCCGCUGCAUUGAUCUCCUCUUACCACUUACUACCAAUCGCAAAGGAUGUCGUUAAGAGAUUCACAAAUGAAACUUUGGAGACUAUACAAAGUUUUAAGCAAUUUCCAGCAAAUCAAUUUCAGCUUCACGAAUAUUAUGGAAGUUCUACUUCUAAUUUGCCCUCCACGUCUUACAUGUAUCAAUAUCAUGCUUUGGGAUUAUUGUAUCAUUUAAGAAAUCACGAUAAAAUGGCAUUGAUGAAAUUAAUAACUUCCUUGUCUGAGGGAUCUACUUUGAAAAACUCUUUGUCUAUCAUCCAGUUAAUAAGAUACAUCAAUAAAAUAUUGAUUGAUGAUGAGUCUUUACUUAAUCACUUGUAUCCUAUUUUGGCUGGCUUUUUGAAACAUAAGAGUGAUAUGGUAGAAUUGGAGGCUUGUAAGUCUCUUUUGAAUUUACAGCAUUUGAUAAAAGAUGAGCAAUUUAUGGGUGUUGUUAACACUUUACAGAAGUUACUUAGUGUUCCCAGAACAGCAACAAGAUUCUCUGCUAUAAGAUUGAUAAAUAAGGUAUCUUCCAGGCAUCCUGAGAAAAUCAUGGUUGUCAAUUUAGAGUUAGAAAAUUUGAUCAAUGAUUCAAAUAGAUCAAUCUCUACAUUGGCUAUCACCACCUUGUUGAAGACUAUGGGUGCCGGUACUAUUGAUACAGGUUCUGAAGGUAGCGAAAACGUUGAUAGGUUGAUUUCAAAAAUGACUUCUUUGAUGGAUGACAUAACUGAGGACUUUAAAAUCGUCAUUAUUGAAGCAAUUGAAAACUUGGCAUUGAAAUUCCCAGCCAAGCAUAAAAAAUUGGUUUCUUUCUUGACAGAUUUGCUUCGAGACGAUGGUUCUUUGCAACUUAAAUCUUGCAUUGUUGAUGCGCUAUUUGACUUGAGUAAAUUUCUACCUGAUGCCAAUGCGAAACAAUUGAUAUUGAUGAACUUGUGCGAAUUUAUUGAGGAUUGUGAAUUCACCGAGCUCUUAGUCAGAAUUUUGCAUUUGCUCGGAGACGAGGGUCCAUAUACGCUGAAUCCAUCGUAUUAUAUCAGACAUAUCUACAAUAGAUUGGUAUUGGAGAAUUCUAUUGUGAGAUCUUCUGCCGUCAUAUCACUUGCUAAAUUUGCUAUUAUAUGCGGUGGAAGUGUUGCUAAGAAUUUGAAAAUUUUAUUGGGAAGGUGUUUGAAUGACGUCGACGAUGAAGUCAGAGAUAGAGCAGCUUUAUCAUUAAAGUUUAUCAAUAGCAACCAAAAAAGAUUAAUUGUAUCUGAUACUAGGUACGACCUUGCUUCAUUAGAAAGUAGGUUAACACAUUAUUUGAAUGACGAAUCUAAUUUUGAUCAUGAAUUCGAUAUUAAUGAAGUUCCUGCUCUCUCCAAGGAAGAGAUGAAAUCUAUGGAGUACACUAAAAAGAUAUCGAAAUUGGAAUCAACGAAUAACGAUUCAGCGGAGAUUAACGACUCUCAAAACCUAUCUGCUAAUGAAAAUGAACAGGUCAAGAGUGAUGAUACCGCCAAUGAUCUUCUUAAACAACAACAGUAUGCACAAGAAGUAUUAAGCAUUCCUGAGUUCUCAGGUUAUGGUAAGCUAACCAAAUCUACCAUGACUCCAGUUUAUUUGACUGAUAAAGAAAAUGAGUUCGUUGUUACGGUCGUAAAGCACUUUUUUAUUGAAUCAAAAAAGAUGGUUUUGCAAUACAACAUUACAAACACUUUGCCUCGCUUGGUUUUACAAGAUAUUACAGUGAUAGCUCAACCAGAUAAUGAACUAUAUGAAGAAGACUUCAUAGUUCCUUUAGUCGAGUUAAGGCCAGAUCAGACAGGCAUCGUUUAUGUUUCUUUCAGCACUCCAGGUAUCGAGAACGAUGAGCUUCUCGCUGCCUUUGGAAGCACUGUAGCUUACACAAACAAGGAUAUAAUAGAUGAUGAAGGUAACAUCGAUCCCGCUGAUGAGGGUUGGACUGAUGAAUAUCAAAUUGAUGACUUAGAGAUUCAAGUAGGUGAUUUCACUUUCCCAUCAUACAACUCAAACUUUACUGAAAUUUAUGAUCAACUUCCAAAUUACGAAAGUACUGUUGUAACUUUAUCGUCUGUCGAUAACCUUGAGAAUGCUGCUAUUAAGUUGAGAACAACUUUUAACCUUAUGCCAUUAGAUGGAUCGGAUUACGUUCCAAGUGAUGCAACGUCUCACAUUUUGAAAUUGUUUGGUAAGGAUGUAUGGGGCGGCAAAGUCGGUGUCUUAGCUAGGCUUGCUGCGACAGGGGGUAAAGUUGUUGUCAAAUUGGAGGUGAAAGCUGAGACAACUAAUUUUAGUGCGAUCGUUGCUGGGGGAAUAUACUAA